GUCACAACACUCUCAGGACUCUCACGGAUACACUUAGGAUCUCCAAGCAGAAGAGAAACAUGGUUAAAAACUUCUCCGUGGACUGGCUCGCCCAAAGCUAUCACGACUCUAAGCAGGACCCGGAACAUCUGGAUGCUGCAGCUGCGCCCAGGCGCCACGUUCCGUGCUCGGUGCAGCCGCGGCCUCCAACUUCUUACGACAAGGGCUAUCUGCAGCCCAAGCCCAAAUGCACCGAGCAGAAGACCCCCACAGAGCGGCUAAAGGAGAAGGAGCCCGUCCUGUUCAGCCCACUAACCCCGAGAAGCUGCUCCUCUCCAAGCUCUUCAGAAAACAGCGGCUACUCUUCUGGCUACGAGAGCGAGGCUGCUUCCUCUGAAUGCCCCUCAGUCGAAGACGUGAACGAAGCAGAGAAAGAUCUCGGCUCGCAGCGCAGGAUCAGGACCAAGUUCACCCCGGAGCAGAUCGACAAGCUGGAGAAGAUCUUCAGCAAGCACAAAUAUCUGGACGCGGGCGAGAGGGUCAAGACCGCGCUGAAACUCAGCCUCUCUGAAACUCAGGUCCGGACCUGGUUCCAAAACCGGAGGAUGAAGCUGAAACGCGAGGUCCAGGAAAUGAGAGGAGAUUAUCUGGUCCCAGCUUUGGCUCCCGUCUUCUUCCCCGGAGUCCCCGCCGUUCAGCACCACUGCUACAGCGGACAGCGCCCGGCUCUGACCCCGCUUAUGAUGCCCCCACUGGCCCUCCAGCAGACCCCAUUCCCUCACCAGCACGUGAUCCCUCCACUGAGCGUCCAGCAGCCCGGCAGCCAUCACCAGCACAUGAUCCCUCAGCACAGCCACGCCAUGCAGCUUUUCUACUGA